AUGUCGAAGAGAAUCCUUUGUAAAUUCUUUGCUCACGGCGCAUGCUUAAAAGGGGAGCACUGCGAAUUUUCACAUGACUGGAAGGAUCCUACAAAUAAUGUUUGCACCUACUACCAGCGAGGGAUCUGCUCCUAUGGAAGUCGAUGCAGGUAUGAACAUGUCAAAGCUUCCCGUCCUCAUCCAUCUGCUUCAUCUUCCUCCGCUCUACCUCCUGCGGAAACGGAUUUGAGCCCACUUCCCUCAUCAUGUUUCAAACAGGCGUGGGAUUUGGAUUCACUAGACACCUUUAACCCUGCUACAGCAGCAGCCAAACCAGAAGAACAACCCAUUUGCUCAUAUGCUGCAGCUGGUGAUUGCCCACGUGCUGAUGAAUGCCCUCACAUCCAUGGAAAUAUUUGCCCAACCUGCGGGAAACGUUGCUUGCAUCCUUUCAGACUCGAGGAGAGAGAGGAGCACAAGAUAGCCUGUGAAAAAAAGCACAAGCAGCUUCAAGCAUUAACACUUAGCCAGGAGAUCGAGUGUUGUGUCUGUUUAGAACGUGUCCUGUCUAAGCCAACUCCAGCUGAACGCAAGUUCGGGUUACUCACUGAAUGUGAUCAUGCUUUUUGCAUAGGGUGUAUCAGGAAUUGGCGCAGCAGUUCUCCUUCCACUGGGAUGGAUGUCAAUAGCACACUCAGGGCUUGCCCCAUAUGCCGCAAGUUAUCAUAUUUUGUUGUUCCUAGUGUAAUCUGGUUUUCAGCUCCAGAAGAGAAAAAGGAAAUUAUAGACAACUACAGGGAAAAGCUCAGGUCAAUCGAUUGUAAGCACUUCAAUUUCGGAGAUGGGAAUUGUCCGUUCGGGACAAGUUGCUUUUACAAGCACACUGUGAAGCCAGGGUCAUAUGCAUGGAAAUUCCACAGGCCACCUCCAAGGCGUCCACGUCCCUCUGGAUCUAAUUUCUCAGACGUGGAUACACUUGUUAAUAUGAUCGGGAACAUAAUUUCAGAAGGAGAAUAUGGCACUAUUGGAUUUGAAGAUAGCGAUGAUGACGAAUUGACUACAACGGAUAUGAUGAUGUUACUGAUGCACAUGGAUCAUGCGUAUCAUGAUGGUCGUUUGGAGGAAGUGGUUCUGCGGCAUUUGGAUGCAGAAGAUGGGCAGACUGUGAUAGCAAAAGAUAUAAGGUUGUCUGACUUCCUUGAGGACAUGCACAUAUGA